UCCACAUUUUUAUCCAUGGAAAAUAAAACCUCAUUAUAACACUAACACACACUAUCCACUCUAACCACUACCUCCUCAAUCUCUUCCUUCAACCUCCCAAAUCUCCCCAAUUUUUCUGCAAAAUUUCCAACACCCACAAAAAUUAAUCAAAUACCCAGUACAAUAAACCAUGAUUUCUGCCUCAAUUUCUGAUAAAAUUUUCCAUGUCGUCCCAAUUUUGGUGAAUUCUCCCUCAUAUUCUCUCUCUACUGGAAAAUCUUCUUCCAUGUUUUUAUCUCAAUCUUCCUUUUCUUCUUCUGUAUUGGUAGCUUCAUUAUCUCCUUCCAAAUUCAAGUUAUUGUCUUGUUCAUCAAAUGAUCCCAGAAAUUUGAGCUCUUGUGAUGGUUUAAUCAAGCUUCAACGCAAUAAAUUUGGAAUGGCAUUGACAUUGCGACCAAUCUUAUCAAUAUAUCAGCAUGAUCUCUCUAAGAAACUUUGCACCGUGAAAGAUGGAGAAAAUAUGAAGGGCUUGUUAAGAUGUGCUACUAUCCUUUCAUCUGCUACAAUUGCCUGGCUGACUUCUUCACAAGUGGCAUACUCCAGCACUGACAUAAAAAUAAAUCCAGUUUAUGAAGUUGGAGAGUUGUUUGAAUUGGGAAUUCAGUUGUCAUAUGUGCUUUUGCUGCUGGCUUUGCUUGGAGUUGGGACUUUUUUUGUUAUCCGUCAAGUCCUCGUUCGUCGUGAACUUGAUCUAUCUGCUAAAGAAUUGCAGGAGCAAGUAAGGAGUGGUGACGCAAAUGCAACUGAACUCUUUGAACUUGGAGCAGUGAUGCUGAGACGAAAGUUUUACCCAGCUGCGACUAAAUUCUUGCUUCAAGCAAUUGAGAAAUGGGAUGGAGAUGACCAGGAUCUUGCCCAGGUUUAUAAUGCAUUGGGUGUGAGUUAUGUGCGUGAUGGAAAGAUUGACAAGGGUAUCACGCAAUUUGAGAAAGCUGUUAAGAUCCAACCAGGGUAUGUCACUGCUUGGAACAACCUUGGUGAUGCAUAUGAACAGAAAAAAGAUCUCAAGACUGCUCUUAAGGCAUUUGAAGAAGUGUUGCUUUUCGAUCCCAACAACAAGGUGGCACGCCCUCGAGUUGAAUCACUAAGGGAUCGUGUUAACAUGUACAAAGGCGUCCCUGUAAAAUCCAAAGAAAGGUGAUAGUGUUAUGAUGUUAAACUAACUUAAAUUUUGACAUGGUAUGAAUUUGAAAACUGGUCUUGAGUUAUGACAAUAUAUGAACUCAAGUGGUUGCUUUUUGCUUCCUUUGUUUCAUAUUGUAAGGCGUUUGUAAUAUUUCUACUUGUGUAAGUUCUGAUAAUAUAAGUUGUUUCAGGCAAAAAAAAAAAAAAUGCAUUCUAUAAUGUAAAUUUAUCAAUUUAUCCACUUUGUACUCUACUAAGGGAGCGUUUGGUUAGUGUAUUUUUUGGAUUGGAAAUGGAUUCGAUUAAA